AUGGGGUACACAGACGACAAAGCAACCGAGCUGCCCAUCCACGGCUCGCCCCCGCCUGGGCGGAGCAAGACAUCACGCGCGCUCCGCACUGCCGCGCUGUUCAGCGCGGUCGCCUUUCUGGCCCUCCACUUCUGGCCCACCUCGAACGAUAGCACGCAUCUCGACCCUGAGGAACCGGCCAUCAUGGCGUACUGGGACGGCGUGUCCUCGCGAUACCGCACCGAGUCCGCUGCCGGUGUGAGCUCUGCGACGAGGGUGCAGUACCAGCACGACGGCGAGGCCGGUGCUGCCGGCCAUGGCGACAAGGGCAAGCACGGCUGCCGCUGGAUGAGUCCCAAGCGCGCCGAGGAGAUCUACCUCACCGUCCCCAACAACGAGAGUGCGGCCAUUGCCAGCACACGCUACACGUCGCAUGCCCACCCGGCCGGCAGCGGGUGGGACAUGGUCUCUGCGCUCGUGGUCAAGAAUGACUGGGAGCGCGAGCUGGGUCUCCGUGUGUCGGGGCCGGAAGAGUACAUUUUCGACGCCGGCAGCGUCCAGUCCCAGAAGCGUAUCAAGGGCGGCAUGGACAAGCUCGGCGUCUGGAUCGACACAUACUACCCCGUGAUGAACACGCCCGUGUCGUCGAGCGUCACCCUCUUCAGCGACCCGCCAUUCAACGCCAAGCUCCGCGAGGCGCAGCUCGCCGGCGACCCAGACUCGAAACUCGCCGACGAGGUCCGCGUCUUCCACGGCCUCAGUGUCAGCGGCGACGUCACGGCAAAGUACAUUUACGCCGGCUAUGGACGCAAGGCCGACUUUGACCUUCUCCAGUCUAAAGGUAUCGACUUUACCGGCAAGAUUGUCAUUGUCAAGUAUGGCCAUGUCUUCCGCGGCCUCAAGGUCAAGGCCGCGCAGGAGGCCGGUGCUAUUGGAUGCCUUAUCUACAGCGACCCAGGAGACGACGGCAAGAUGACCGAGGAGAAUGGCUUCAAGCAGUACCCAGAGGGCCCUGCUCGUGUGCCCAGCAGUGUUCAGCGUGGCAGUGUGCAGUUUCUCUCCAUGUACCCCGGUGACCCCACGACUCCCGGUGUGCCAGCAUACCCCAAUGCCACUCGCAUCGAGGGCGGCAAUUUCCCGUCCAUCCCCUCCCUGCCCAUGUCGUACGAGGACGCCAUCCCCAUCCUCAACGCUCUCAAGGGCAAGGGUCUCUCUGUAGCAGACCUCGAUCCGAGCUUUGGGGGAGGCCUCGGCUUCCACGGCGUCGAAUACUUUACCGGUCCGUCCGAGGUGGACAUUCGCGUCAACAACGAAGUCAACACCCGCGUCAUGCCAAUUUGGAACACCAUGGCCGUCAUCCCAGGCCACAUCACCGACGAAGUGGUCGUCAUGGGCAACCACAGGGACGCUUGGGUUCUCGGUGGGUCGGACCCCAAUGCAGGGACUGCAUCGCAGUACGAGAUGGUCCGCGGCCUCGGCAAGCUCAUCCGUAAAGGCUGGAAGCCCCUGCGCACCAUCGUCCUCGCGUCGUGGGAUGGCGAGGAGUAUGGCCUCAUCGGUUCCACCGAGUGGGCAGAGGACUUUGGCACGUGGCUCCAGGACAAUGCGGCGACGUACUUGAACCUCGACUCGUCGACUUCUGGCUCCAACUUCCACGGUUCGGCUUCGCCGUCGCUCGCGCGCCUGCUCCGUGGCGCCGCCGAGGACGUUGCCAAGGGCGCCGACGCGUCUCGCUCCGUGUGGGACGCCCGCGCCGAUGGCGGUGACUGGGACGAGUAUCACGGCACUGUCUCGGCCAAGACUGUCGACAGUGGCGCAACGGGUAUCUCGCCUCUGGGCUCUGGAUCCGACUACACUGCCUUCCUGAUGCGCUACGGUAUCGCGUCAACUGACUUCUCGUUUGGCGGCGGCCCCAACGACGCCGUGUACCACUACCACUCGAUCUACGACUCGCACACCUGGCUGGCCAAGUAUGGCGACCCGGGUUUCCACAAGCACGUCGAGGGCGCGCAGAUUAUCGGCCUCAUCGCGCUCCGCAUUGCCGACAGCCUCAUCCUCCCGCUCAACACGACGCAGUACGCGCACGACCUCGGCGGAUACCUCGCCAAGAUUGAGGACCUGAAGAACGGCGACGACAAGUAUGCCUCGCUCGACCUCGCACGCCUCGGUGCCGCCAUCGAACAGCUGUCGGCGUCCUCGGCCGAGCUGGACGACACGCGCGCCGACCUCCUCCACCAACUCCACAAGGUCGUGUCCAAGACAUCCUACCUUGACCGCGUGAAGCACGCGUUCGCGCACGCCCUCGGCGGCUGCCGGCCCCAGAGGGCCGCGAUGCCCACCUGGCCCGCGCCCGAGGGGACGCACGCGCACGCGCACGCGCACGGCCGUGCCCGUGGCGACGACGACUCCGCCGCCGGCACCACGCACACCGCAGCCCACGCCACUCUCUCCGGUAACCGCAAGGACAUUCGCAAGCUCCUCAAGAAGAUCCGCGCAGUCAACCUCAAGCUCAAGGGCUUCGAGGCCGGCUUCAUCUCCGAGGAGGGCAUCACCGACCGCGAGUGGUACAAGCACAAGGGCACCAGUCCCGGCAAGUGGCUCGGGUACGGCGCCACGACUUUCCCGGCACUCACCGAGGCGCUGACGAUCGAGCACGACGUCGAGCUCGCGCAGCGCGAGACGGACGAGCUGGCCGAGAUGAUCAGUGCCAUGGCCACGCGUCUUGUCGCAUAA